AGGUAAGGCUGGAAAAAUCCAAAGUUGGAGGAGAGGCAGAGCAUCCUGGGCCCCACCCUUAGGUCUAUAUAAGAGAGAGCAGCUUCAGUCUGAGCAGCACUGACGAGGGAGCCACACCACCCAGCACCAAAACCCAAAGUCCAAUCAAAGGUCUAACUUUGCUGUUCUACCACAAAGAUGUCUUACCUAGCACCUGUGCUUACUAUUGGGGGACAAGGCGGUCGUUCUUUUAGUUUUACCGGGGAAAGCAAUGGGGCCACGCUAAAGAAGCUGUGGGUGUGGGUGGGAGAGUGGCAGGUGAGGGGCAUCAAGGUUUGGCUGACUGAUGGUCAGGUCCAGGAGUUUGGAAAGCCUGAAGGAGGAUUUUCACAGAUGGAAUUUCAGGAUGGCGAGCAGAUUAAAUCGCUCUCGCUGUGGGGCAAUGGUGCAGGAACUCGCCUAGGCGCCAUCAGGAUCAGGACAACAGCAGGACAAGAAUUCUUCCCCAAGAUGACCAAGUGGGAUCUGAAAAAAGAGUACCCCAUUGAUGUUGGGUCUGGGAUUUGUCUGGGAGUUCUAGGAAAGGGUGGGGAUGACAUAGAUAGUCUGGGGUUUGUGUUCAUCAACACCAUCAAGUCAACCGAGCUGAUCGACGUUUACUACCCCACCCUCCACCAGGUGAUCCCGCAGGUGGCCACAGAGGAGAUCAAGUCUGCCACUUACACCAAUAACACCGUCGUGGCUCAGUCGUACACAAUUGAAUCCAGUAAAACCAUCACCAAGAAAUCCUCCUGGUCCGUGUUAAACAAAAUGGAAGCGACCUUCAAAUUUGAGGUCAAGGCAGGGAUACCAGAGGUGGUCGAAGCGACUACUGGCUUCAGCUUCACUGCCAGUACAGAAAGCUCCUACGGUCUAGAGAACACCGAUGAGAGGAAGGAGACAUUCUCCUUCCCGGUCAAUGUUCCUCCUGGGAAGACGGUGGAUGUGAAAGUCACCAUUGGCAGAGCCACUAUGGAUCUCCCUUACAUGGGAAAGGUGAAGAUAACCUGCUACAAUGGGAAACCCUUCAAGUUCAACACCAGUGGGAUCUACAAAGGCGUCACCUACACCAACGCUAAAACCAUCGUGACAGAAAAGUGAAUCCGACCCAUUAGCUACUCAAGCUAACUUCUUUUCCUCAUUCAGCCAUUUUCUGUCCUCACCUGUACACACUAUAUCAUAACCUUGUAAACACCCAAAGAUGACUCUGUGACAUUUGUGAUAUUUACUGAUUGCCUUUUCCUGUCCUGGGUUUUGUGUGUAGAUCACUGUCACUAGAGACCCAAUGUUCACAGUGUGGUCUACUGUGUCUUCCAUAGUCUUUAGAGCAUAGACCCAUUGGCCCACGACAGGCAAUGUCUUCCUUGGAAGUGUCAUGUAAUCAUUGUUCUAAUCCUUGUACUUAUCUGUGAACUUUAUCUUGGGCAAAGUUUUUGUAAAGCGGACACGUUUCUACUGCUAAGUGCUGUUCUGGAGCUAGCUGCUUUUGCUAUUGUCUGCAAUAAAUCUUUGCUUUCCAAUAAGAAAACAA